AUGGAUAUGCCAUUUCUGAAACUGCUAUCCUAUUUUCUGCUUCUCUCCUCCUUCGAUCUGAUUUCUUCUGAAGUUGACAUCCCGGCUUACUUUGACCACAACUGCACAACCAAUAAAAACUUCACUUCCAAUAGCCCCUACCAGUUCAACCUUAACACUCUCUUCGGUAUCUUUUAUGAAAAGGCCGCCGGCGGUGAUACUCCCGAAUUUUUCAACACCAGCUAUGCCGACGUCGUAUAUGGCGAGUUCAUGUGCCGAGGUGACGUCCCCAUUCAGGUCUGUCGAGAUUGCGCUCAGGAUGCCAUAAAUCGAAUAGCCUCAGAAUGUCCCUACAACAAAGAGGCAGUCAUCUGGUACGACCAGUGCUCCCUCCGCUAUUCCGAUCGUUCUUUCUUCUCCACCCUCGAUCAACUGCCUACAGUUAGCAGCCCGUUGGCGGCCGUGGCCCCGAUAACCAGCUGUACUCUUAACCCAUCAUCACCAUGCAGCCAGAUUCCAUCCCAUCCAUAUGACAGAAAUCAAACAAGGAUGGAGGACUUGAGGCCGACAAGGAACAAUUCAAACCCUGAUGCAUACGCAGAAUUAAAUAAGACGUUGAAUGAUGCGGUGGUGGAGGCAGCGACGUCAGGUGCCAAGAAAUUUGCAGCAAAAGAAGCAAACUUUAGUGGGGGAUCGCUGUACACUCUUGUACAGUGCACGCUGAAUCUGUCCCAACAAUUCUGUAGCAAGUGUCUAUAUGGUAUCAUGAAUCUUCUUCCGAAAGAAAAUACUACACGCAGAAGAAGAAUUCAGAAUCCGAGCUGGAAUUUGAGAUUCGGAGAAGACCGAUUUUAUUACAAGGGUGACCAGCCUCCCUCCACUGCAUCUGAAGGGCUUGGACGUCCUGAUCUUACAGGCAGCGACUGCUCGACCACCGAAGCCGACGAUCAGUACCUAAACAACCUCAGAAAUCUCACUCAACAACUCUCCAAGGCAUCCAACGACACCAAAAACAAAGGAUUCUACAGCACCAGCGUUGGAAACAAGCCGGACACCAUCAACGGCCUCUUCAUGUGUCGGGGAGAUGUGCCCCUUGAGCUCUGCCAUGAAUGCGUCAAUGAGGGAAUCAAGCAACUAAACUUUUCGUGUCCCAGUUCAAAGGAGGCUAUCAUAUGGUAUGAUUUGUGUAUGCUCCGCUAUUCCAAUCGCUUUUUCUUCUCUACCCUGGACACACUGCCUGUAUAUACAAAACCCGGUGGGGAUAUGCUUGACAACGAAACAAAGACCUUCAAUCGGCUGUUAGGGAAUACAUUGAAUGAUCUAGUGGCGGCAACGACGAACUCAUCAGAGAGUGUAGGAGUGAAAAAUUUUGAGACAAACACAAAAUCCAACGAUUUAGAGUUGAAAACGUUGUAUACUCUUGCACAAUAUACUCCAAACCUGUCCAGCCAAGACUGCAGAAAAUGUCUACAAGGUGCUUUGCAAAAUAUCAUGUCAUGUUGUUCUGCAAAGAAAGGAGGACAGUAA